AGUCUAAUUUUGGCUGUCAGUUUCGCCGCUUUGGCCCUCACUACUUCUCCGAGGGUCAGACAUUCGUGCCCCUUUUGGGCUGGAUUCUCGGUGCUGUUGUCCGGGCUGAUCGGAGUGGUGUCAUGGAAAAGGCCACUUUCUUUGGUGAUAACUUUCUUCAUGCUGUUGUCUGCUGUGUGCGUGAUGCUAAACCUUGCUGGAGCCAUCCUUUCCUGUCAGAAUGCCCAGUUGGUCAACUCUCUGGAGGACUGCCAGCUGAUCAAAUUUGACAGUGACGGUGUUUGUGUCUGCUGUGAGCUCGAGCACCAGAGAUCCACCUGUAAUAAUCUGGGAGAGACCCUUAAACUCAACCCGCUGAGGGACUGCAAUACCAUACGCCUCAGACUAAAGGAGCUGCUUUUCAGUGUUUGUGCACUAAAUGUUAUCUCCACCAUUGUGUGUGCUCUGGCCACAGCUGUGUGCUGUAUGCAAAUGGUUUCUACUGAUGUACUACAGAUGUUCAUGCCACACAGAGCACGUGCCUUGAGUGCGGACUGCAUGACACCUCAUGGUACCAUCUUACACCAGACACUGGACUUCGAUGAGUUCAUCCCACCCAUCCCUCCUCCCCCCUACUACCCACCAGAGUACACCUGCACACCUGUGAUGGAAGGCCAGAGAGGGUUGCAUCUGGAUUUUCCACACUCUCCCUUCAAUGCUAUUUAUGGGGUACCCAUUAACAGCCCUGGGGCUUUGUAUCCAUCUGAGCUGCCACCACCAUAUGAAUCUGUGGUGGGACAAAUACCUGCCAGUCAGAUCACCACCAGUCUUGAGCAACAGGUCACUGAGUCCAGUCUGUGUGAAAGGAACACCACAACUGGCCUUAGCACUCAGGCCUCGGUUGAUAGUACUUCCCUUAUGAUGUCAGAGAUGGCAGACAUCCCUGAUCACAGCUGUUCCUCUGAAGACCUGUGCUCUCUAGAGGUACAGGGCUCUGAUUCUUCUCCUUAUGGCACUUUGCGCAUGGCACCGACUAAUGGCAGCUGCACAAGCCUGGAACACAGCACCCGCUCUUCCCUGAGGCGGCAGGCCUGUGCCCGGCUCAACCGCAGCGAGUCCUCUGUCACACAGGAACCUAAGCCCCAUUCGCUGGAGUUGUCACCAGAGUCUGUCAAUGCUGUCGAGAAGGAGGACAGAACAGCUGUUUUACCCAAGUCUUGCACACUGCAAAGACAAAGAACCAAUCGGAAGCCGACCCUCCCUUUUCCUCCGAACACUCCAUCCCAAUGUGCUUCCAGCUCUGUGGUGACAUCCACUGCAGGUGGAGCUUCGGUCCUGACCCCCUAUGCUUGCACCUCCCAGUCACCCACCAGUCAGGUGCGGGGAACCCGGCUCUGCUUCAGCAUCUGGUCCCCAUCCUCCUCUUCCUCAGUGGCUAAUCAGCCCCAUGCUACAUCUGCCCUCAUCAGCACCAGCAUCCGUGAGCAUCCCCACACUCUCCGUGCCACCAGAGGGUACCGAAAAUUGGCGAAGAUUGUGCGUUCCACUAGCGAACCUAUAUCCUGUACUUUCAUAUCUAGAAGUGAACACUGUGCUCCAGCUUCUAACCAUCCACCUCAGGAAUCCCCGCAGACGCCCUGUGAUCAAGAAUGUAUGGAGCUCUCUGAGAGGGUGCGACAGCCUUCUGCCAAAGACAGCAGCCUAGGGGGCAAGAAACAGAAGGAUGGUGGAAAGGUUGACAUCCGUCUCAGACCUCACUCAGUAUCUACAAAACGCCCACACUCUCUCGCAGACCUCAAAACCUACAAAGACACCAAAGUACUGGUGGCUAAAUUCCUGGAGCACUCUAGCUGCAGUCUACCUCCGGAGGUCCAGCAGGUGGUCAACACCAUUAGAUGUGUCAUUAAAUCUGAUGAGAAACACAUGGAGGAGGCCAUAUUCAGUGCCAACAUAAUUGAUCAGUUGAUGACACAAUCACAGAAGAUCAUGGGAAGCCCAAGGAAACAUGCGCACGAUGACCUGCACUUACAGAGCUGUGGAGCUUUGAGUUCCCCAUCCUCAUCCUUGCGCCGUCCUCCACGAGGAUCAAGUCAGACAGAAGUCUCUGGUACCCUGGAUCGGCAAUCUCCUCAUCAUCCUCAAGGCCUCAUCAGUAUAUGCAGAGAAACUACACUCUGACGCUCUUUUUUCCUCAUAAUCCUCUCAAUAUGUGCCAAGUCCAAGCCCAUCAGCAAAAACAGCGAAUUAAUGUGGAGAUGACGCUCCUCAUGUUUAAAACAAAAAGAUACUCAUAAAAGAAUAAAGAAACACCAGAAUGUUUACCUGCAGUGCUAUACAAUUUUAUUGUUUUGCCAAAAUAAAGGUAAAAUAUUUGUUUAAAUGGUCAAUUUGCUACUGCGCUGCAUAGGAGAGUGGAUAUAUAAUUGACCAUAGAAGGAAAGGAGAUGGAUUUACCUCUUUAUGAAACUGUUUAUUUGAUGAGACAACAUGAUACACAAC